CAUCGCUGCAGGUAGUAGCCCCUCCCCCUCCUCCUCCGUGCUGCCGCUUUAAACACAAUAACCGCCGCUUCUCCCGAUCAACCGUCCUUAGGGCAGCCGGGAUUCAUGCUUUUUCUCCGGGGUACAACUCACAGAUCCUUCCUGAUCCUGUGAGGAUGAGUUGCAGUCACGGCUCAGCUGCACGUGUUGGCGUCUGAAAGCAGGGAAAAGGUCACCUGCAGCACGCCCAGGAACUGAUCCUGGAAACUCUGAGAAUAAAGCACCUUCUGGAAUAUUAACCGCUGACAUUUCACGCUGAGGAUAUUUAUAAUUUUCUGAAUUUUCCACGGAGGACUGGAGCUGAAACCUGAGACACUGCGGAUUAGUUAAAGCCUACAUUUUUUACCUGAGGAAUUCAUUUAUAUUUUUGGAGUUUAAAUCUUUUUUCCUUGGAGUCUGCAUCACAUUUUAAAACUGACCUCUCCACGGUCGGAGGAAAUGGCGACACGAGAACCGACAGCAGGCAGUUGACUCCUGCAGGGAGCGAGGCCGAGAGAAGAGCGUGAAGAAGAAGAGAGAGCGGGGAAAAUGUCGUGGAAGAGGAACUAUUUUGCGUCAGGUGGAGGUGGCGGAGGAGGAGUUAGCGCCGCUGGUGUUGGAGGUGUUACUGGUGGAGGGAUGCAGGGCCUGCAGACGCCUCGCAGCAUGACGUCCAUCGCUCCCAGUAAAGGGCUGAGCAACGAGCCGGGACAGAACAGCUGCUUCUUGAACAGCGCCCUACAGGUUCUGUGGCACCUCGAUAUCUUCAGACGUAGUUUCCGUCAGCUCACCAUUCACAAGUGCAUGGAGGACUCGUGCAUUUUCUGUGCUCUGAAGAGCAUCUUUGCCCAGUUUCAGUACAGCAGUGAGAAAGUAUUACCGUCCGACGCUCUGCGCAGUGCGCUUGCCAAAACCUUCCAGGACGAGCAGAGGUUUCAGAUGGGCAUCAUGGACGACGCUGCAGAGUGCUUUGAGAACAUCUUGAUGAGGAUUCACUUCCACAUCUCAGACGAGACCAAAGAAGACAUCUGCACCGCCCGACACUGCAUCCCCCACCAGAAGUUCGCCAUGAUGCUUUAUGAACAGUGUGUGUGCAGCAGCUGUGGAGCGUCCUCAGAUCCUCUGCCCUUCAUUCAAAUGGUCCACUACAUCUCCACCACCUCCCUGUGUAACCAGGCAGUGAAGAUGUUAGAGUCGAGGGAGAAAGCCACUCCUGGUAUGUUUGGUGAGCUGCUGCGUAAUGCCAGCAUGGGAGACCUGCGCAGCUGUCCUGCUUGUGGCCAGCAGCUCCGUAUCGCCCGGGUCCUCCUCAACAGUCCGGAGAUCAUCAUCGGCCUGGUUUGGGACUCGGAGCAGUCGGACCUGGCCGAGGACGUCAUCCACACCCUGGGGACCUGCCUGCACCUCGGAGAUUUGUUUUACAGGGUGACGGAGGAGAAGGCCCGUCAGUCGGAGCUCUACCUGGUCGGCAUGGUGUGUUACUACGGGAAACAUUACUCCACCUUCUUCUUCCAGACCAAGAUCCGCCGAUGGAUGUACUUCGACGAUGCACACGUCAAGGAGAUUGGCCCCAAGUGGAAGGACGUGGUUUCCCGCUGCAUUAAGGGCCACUACCAGCCCCUGCUGCUGCUGUACGCCGACCCGAGGGGAACGCCGGUAUCCGUCCAGGACC